AGCAGGAAGUAGGGAAUGGCGUCACUUGACCCCAACCUGGCACGAAAAAGCUCACGGGGGAAUGAUGGAGAUGUUUGACAGAAUCAAAGCAUCUGGUGAAGCUUCUGCAUCUUUGGCACUGGGAAUUAAAAGACAUGGUUUUGAAGGCUCUGUGCAACAGGACAGCAAUAACAGAGGGCAAGAACAUCUUGGGUCUGGAGUAUCCAUUGUGCAAAAGAGACGAGGAUACUGCAGCUGUUGCCACAUACACUACAGUAGUCUGGAACAGCAUAUUUUCAGCUCUCAGCACAGACAUUUUACCACUUACUGCAGGAAUCGUCUGGGCACCAGUAGCCUGAUGGAGCGUUUCCUGAAAGAUGUUUUACAGCAUCAUCCCCACAGAUACCACGACAACAGGCCAAGCUAUGAUGACAUGCCACUCCCCAUGACUCAAGAGGCUGCUAGAAUUGCUUGCCCAUCCUUAGAUGAGAGGGAGAAAAAGAAGAACAGAGAUGGACAGGAAAUUUCCAGGAAAGAGCAGGAGUCUGGGGAAGUACUCUCUUCUACUCCGUGCCUGUCUCACGAGGGCACAAAGAAAGCUUCUGCAACACAAGCAUGUAUUAAAAAAAAAGGAGGCCGGCAAGAUGUUAUAAGAAUAUCUCAGCAGCCUACAGGCAUUUGUAGCAAAGAGAAAUGGGAUACCCUGAAAGAUGCUCAAACUGCAAAUCAUAGCCACAAAGGCCAGUUUACAGCUGUAAGCCCUGUACCUCAGCAUUUUUCUGUCAGUCCUUUAACCCACAGUUCUGUUAAUCCUAAAACAGAAAAAAAUGUUAGGAAUUUGGCAGCAGCAAGUAGGAGGCCAUAUGGUGGAUGUGAUAAAAAAGGGACAGAAGUGUGCAACAGCAAUGUGUUACUGAACCCAUGCCUGAAUCCUGCCCUGCCACUGAAUCACCCAAAAUGCCCUUCGGGUUCGCAUCAGAAUCUUACGUGCAGCCACAGCAGUUCUGUAUCUAUUACCUCAGGUCAGUCCCUCUCAAAACGAGGUGGUGUGCAAACUCAGGAUGAAACGUGGGUGUCUGAUACCCAUCUCAGGGAUACUGUGGGUAUCAGCAGCUCCUUACGCCUUGGGACAACCCCACAAUUAGCAAGAUGCAAAAAUAUGAAGAUGAAUAGAAAUGAUGAAAGUUCAGUGGAUGAAACUAUUGAAGAUGUUAUUUUGAAAUACUGUCACGGAGCUGCAUCUGAAGAAAUAUACUGCAAAGAAGAGAAUAAUCCUUGUUUAACUUUUUCAUCACUUCUUAACCAUGCUCAUUUAGAGGGUUCUGAAAUGAGUUUUGACUGUGAUGCACCUAUUAAUUCACAAACAGACUUACCCAAGGCAGCUGCAACGGAUAUAGAAUACCUGAAAGAGGUGCAAAUAAGUUUGCAAGAUAAAGACUAUCAAACACAACUCUGUUCUGUUUUAAAAAGUGAGUCAGGAGAGAAAACGGAAGCAGCGAAACAGGAUUUCUUCGUUCGUACUGAAGAACCAGUCCUUCCAGCUCUGCCUCAUGUGCCUCCUUCUUUUGUGGGAAAGACUUGGUCUCAAAUAAUGUAUGAAGAUGAUAUAAAAAUUGAAGAACUUGUGCGUGAUUUCAGGGAAGGUCGUUUUCACUGCUACUUUGACAGUGAAUCCUCAGCCAACCGUACAUGGAAGAGAAUGAAGAAAAAACCUCAGAAUCAUGAAAAAAAGAAAAAUAUUGUUGAGGGCAAUAGAACAGAAAGUGCAUCAAUUAAACCACUGCCAGAAUUUAACGAUGCUUUAGGUGGUGACUCUGAUUUUGGUAACCCAUCUUUAGCCUCGGAUACACUGUGCAGCCCACAGAUUCUCAAAAUGCCUCGGAAAAGGACAUGGCGCCUGGCUUCAAGAUGCCAGGUGGUUAAAGUUAGCCAUGGCACCCAGACAAGUCUGUUGAACUACCCUGUAGCAAAAAGAAAGAUGUCUAGAAGAGAAUCUAAUCCAGCUGAUCAGAAAGCAAGCAUUGUGUGGCCAGAAAAUGAAAAAACUCCAAACAUGAAAACUAGACUAUGUGCCCUUAAACUUCCUGAGUCCUAUAGCAAGAUUAUGAGUCCCAUACAGCCCAAGACAGUGGUGUAUGUACUUUCAUGCCCAGAGAUCAAACCUAAAGGUAAACCUAUAGAUACUCCCCAAAUGAGAAAAAACCGGAGCUCUACAGAUAGCAAAGACUCUGUGAGGUACAAAUACAAACAGUGUUCUUUUAAGUAUUACGACCCACUGACCAAUCGAAUCCUCAAAACUCCACCAAAGAGCACAAUUGGAGAAAAAGUCAAAAAGAACUCCCAUGUUCGACAGCUUUUCAAAAGUCUCAGCUUGGAUGCAAACAAGAGGAAAGAAGCAGAUGCACAAAGAGAAAGCAUGCCAUCCAAGUCACUUGAUUGGUCAGACUUCUGUAGCUCAGCUUCAGCAUCUUUCUUAACAGAUCCAGGGAAAGGGAAUGAUGCAGCCUCAAGUCAAAAAGCAGAUGGAUCUUCUCUUUGCACAGAAAAAACAGAUCAUCUGGUAUCUGGUCACUCUGAGAACUUUUUUAAACACCUGACCAUUUCACCUUUGAACUCGCACCAGUCUAUGGUAGAAGGAGAUUAUAGAUUAACUCCAUUUAGCAGUAAAGUUGUCAAAAAUCCUCUAACCUUCCUCAAGAGUGAGCGGCUAGAGAGGGAGAAUCCAAAGGCAAUAUGCAAGAGGAAAGAAGGCACUAAUAAAGAAUCUUUUUUUUCCAGAAAGGCUGCAGGAGCUAUGUCUGUCAGAUGUACAGGAAGGAGAGGAAACAGAGUUACCACAGGCAAACAAACAUCCAGAACUACAAAACAGCAAAAAGAGGGGAAAAGUAGGAAAUGCUGUCCUCAUUCCCAGAAAUCAUCUGUUUUCUCCAUCCGUAGGUGCCAGACAAGGAAAACUACGGUAGGAAAGCACCUUAAGAAAGAAAAGCCUGAUGCUAAAAAAUUGAUGGUGAGGAAAAAACCAAAAAGGACCUUUCUGAACUCAACAGCUGUCACUGGGAUUCUUGAUAAGAGGCAGAAAGUCACAUCAGAAUCUUUCCCCAAGGAGCCAGAGGGAGCUUCUAAAGUCAGGAACUGGGAAGUAAGCGGAGAUCAGAGUCACCCUGGUACUGUGAACCAACCUUCUAGAAGUACUUCUACUGUACCAUUACUUCAAAAAUGUCUUGUUCUACCAGGUGAGAGUUAGGUACCAAAAGAA